AUGUUGGUUUGGAGUGUCCAACAUGUGAGUGCUGCUAUCGCAACGGACGGCAACGCGAAGAAGGCCAAAAGUGCCAAAAGCAAAGCCAAGGAGAGGACCGUCGUCCUAAAUGGGGACCUAGAGAUCUCCGGCAAGGAUGUGGUCGCUCCCGGUGAGGUUUCGCCUGCUUCCUCUGCAGGCGCCCCGGAGGCCGUCGUGGUUGCGGAGAUGCCGAAGCCGAUCCAGGCGAACGGCAAGGCGGCCGCAGCGGCGCCCACUGAGCCAGCGAAGCCGCAGAAAAAAGAAGAAGAGCAAGAUAACGAUUUCAUGUACGAGAGCAUCCAGUGGCAAGCAUUGCAAAACACGUCAGCAAGUGUGUUUCGCGAUACUUCCUUGGAAGUGGAAGCAGGGAACUACUUCCUCUACGAGUGCCCAAGGGGUGCAAAAUCCUGGGAGCAUGAACUUGCUCAGAGGAUGGACGCACACUUGGUUGAAGGGCCAAUGUGCAAGUGGAAAGUGGACGAGAGCGGCAAGCUCAUUGCAGGGCAAUCGGGCAAGAAGCGCACCCGUUGGAUUACUAAUUCAGCGACGGUCGCGACAGCUUUGGAAAAGCUCUGCAAGGACUCUGGGAAGGUAUGGAACAGAGAGCUUUCUUUCAAGGAGGGGAUCGUACAGGCUAAAGCCGAGUACCCUCCGAAGCUCGAAAGGGCAGUGCUUGCAGGAGUCAGAGCACAGCUGGUCCUAGAUGGAGAGAUGAGCGAGGUAGGACACGUUGGAGGGCCAGACCCUCACGAAGAACCACCUCUGGAGGAGUAUCUCCAUGAAUCGCUUCCGAAGGCAGGUGAACUCUACGUGAAGGAACCUGUCAUUGAUGCGAAUACUGGGGCCGAGUUAGACCCAAGGAAAGUCGCAGAGGCAAGAGCCUCCGAGUUAGCUUGGGUAAAGAAGCAAGGAGUGUAUGAAAAGGUCGAUGACAGCAUAUGUUGGUCGGAAACUGGCCGUCCGCCAAUUACCCUGAAAUGGGUAGAUUGCAACAAAGGGGAAGAUGUGAAAGAUAAUUUCAGAUCCAGAUUAGUCGUCCGCGAGGUCAAGAGCCAGGGACAAGCGGCACUAAUUCCGGACUACGCUCGGUUCUCUUCCAUGCCACCUUUGGAAGGAUUGAAAAUCCUAUGCUCGUUGCUUACGAGUAUGAAGCGGUCGUACACUACACUUCUGAAGAAACACGGUUUCCAGACCGGGAAAGCAUACCCAUGUACUUUCUAUCACGCCGGAACGGACGUGAGACUUCUGGUGCAUGGUGAUGACUUCCUUGUUCUAGCGGACGAGGAUGGUCACCGCUUCGUGGACAAAAUCCUGUCUGAGGAGUACGAGUUCAAGUGCGAUGGUCACAUAGGACCUGGAUGCCUGGAUGUUCGCUUCGCUCCGUUCGAUAUUGACAGCCGCUGUGGAUCCGAUGCGACUGUAUAG